CCCUGCCUUUUGCUCAUUGCCUGGGAAGGGCACACAUUUUUUGAAACCAUUCGUUGCAGGCCGCUUCCAGGAAGGAAUUUCUUCGUAAGGAAGAGGAACGAGGAGGAGACUCGUGCUUCAAAUCAUCAUUCUUUAUAUGAGGUGAGAUAAGAUGAUAGCGGAGUAUGGUGAAUCGAGAGGGCAAGUGGCUCCCGAGGAGUAGAAGGGCGAUCUUUCACCUCGCAUCUGGGCAGGUUUCCUUCUUCUUUUAUCUCCAUUCGGAAGGCGAUCGCGUGGGCGGUGUGCUUUUCUGAAUCUGCCCGAAUCCUUCAGGCCGGCUGUUUUUGAACGUGUUUAGCGGCCCCCGAAAUUAGGGUUUGUGGUGAAAGUUCAUUGCUUGCCAAGGCGGAAAGAUCCCGGAGAAGGUCUUUUGUGUUGUUAGAUUGUAGAUAAGUAGCCAAAGCCUUUUCUUUUCCUUCAAAAGGAUUUUGUAGCCGGAGCCCUAGUUAAGUAGGGCUUUGGUGGGGGAAAUAUACCAGCAGGACGAGUACGAUUGUCUUGAUUGAACUUCCGUUUGGCUGUAUUUAGCCAACGUUGAAGAAACUAGGGUUUCAUUGGUGUCGUGUCUGUUAUCAUGUGUCAGACAGCCGUUGUAUGAAUGCCGAAGGUGUAUUUUAAGUCGAGGUUUUCUGGCAGUUGGUUGGCGGCGACCCUAAGUGUGGCAGCUAUAUAGUUUGUUGUGGCGUACGAUCUUUUGAAGUAUUUAGUCUGGUUUGCAGUAAAGAAACAUUUGUUAGGAUACUGCUCAAGGUUAGCUCUCUUGCCUUUGUGUUUUAUUGUACGUCCGCUCUGUUGGCGUCCCAGCUUUUUUAUUUUUUUCGCUGCUUCUUUAAAUCGCCCAUAGUGGGUAGAUAAAUAAUGAUCUGUGUGAUGUUCGUUUUUCCUGGAACGUAGAGGGCAAGAAGAGGGCGAAAACCGGAUUCUUAGACUACGUUUUUCGUCGAGCUUGUUUUUCUGCUAUUUUAAAUUAUUGCUCAGAGAUUAGAGAAGUAGUGCUCUGUUGUGCUAUAUGUAAAUUUUGAAGGAGAGGAGUGAAAAUCAGACAUGUAAAGUAUGCCUUUGCGGCUAUUGAUAUCCUUUGAUUAACAUUGACCGUAUGGCAUCCGCUCUCUAUGUAACGUAUGAACAGCACCAGGAUCAGAAUUUUAUUUCACGGAAAUAUAGUUUCGAUAUGAGGAAAACAAGUAAGGGUGUAUAUGCUUCUGAUUAUGCUGCCCCAGCGGACUACACGUUGGAGACGACUGGGGAUUCAGAGGGUUUCAGGGGUCACCGUGCGUUUGGGAGGUCUGGUAGUUUUGCUCCAAGGGUCGAAGUUGACAAGUCUGGUAGUUAUGGAGGAUAUGGGGCAUCUAGCAGGAUUGAUCUAGAACCCACUCCUUCUGAAGAUUCCUGUACUCCCAAGAGGAAAUCAAUUAGCUUGAAUGUUGAAAGAAAUGAGGGUUUCAAUGUGCCCGUGCAGGUUUAUGCUAUUUCUGUAAUGUCCGGAACUGAGCGGAGGGAGUUGGGGAAAAGAUUUAAAGUCGAGUUGGAGCAGGUGCGAUCAAUGCGUAGAAGAAUUGAAACCAGGGUGAUAAAUGCCGUAGCCGUGUCUUCUUCCAGCGAUCUGCCUAGUUUUGGAUCUGGGCAUGAGAAUUCAAGGCUUGAGAAUGGCCGAGUUAAUGGUGGUAAUUUAAACACUCUUAGCAUUCAGAUACCUCCUCCGGGAAAUCUUAGUGGCAAAGAUAAGAAAAGAACUCCCAAGGCCGUUCAGCUCUACGGGAGUUCAGAAUUUGUGUCUCCAAAAGACAAGCCAGCAGCAAGUCAGCUGGAGAAACAGAAAAGUAAAGCUAUGGCCGUCAUCGGGGUCAAACGCAGCCAUUCAGGUAAACUUAAUGGAAGAGAGGAGAAAAAACCCAAAGAAAGUCACCCUGUGCAACAGCCAAAAGCAGAUCCUAUUAUUAUGAAACAAUGUGGCACAAUCUUGAGGAGGCUUAUGCUUCAUAAGCAUGGCUGGGUUUUCAACACACCUGUUGAUAUUGUUAAGCUUGAAAUUCCUGACUAUCCUAAGGUGAUUAAGAAGCCGAUGGAUUUGGGAACUGUUAAGAAGAGGUUAGACGCAAAUUUCUAUUCAGACCCGCGGGAUUUUGGUGCUGAUGUUAGGCUGACAUUUGCAAAUGCAAGGAAAUAUAAUCCACCUGGUAAUGAUGUUCAUAUUAUGGCUGUUCAGUUGAGUGAAUUAUUUGAAAGCAAAUGGAAAUUUUUUGAAAAGAAACUUGCAGAAGUGGCCACACCGUCUUGUUUUAUGAAUAAGGUUGCUCAGACAAAUUUGCUACCAAAACAACCUAACCACCAGCAGCAACAGCAGCAGCAGCAACAGCAGCCGACUCAUGAUAAAGUUACAGAAAAACCUAAACAAAGUAACAAGCCAAAGGCUGCCCCUGCACCAUUAGAGCAUAAACCGAAAUUGGAACCAAACAAACGGCCAAUAUCCAUGGAGGAAAAACAGAAACUCAGCAGAGAUCUUGAAUCAUUUAUUGAUAUGCCUGACCUUAUAGUUGAUUUCCUUAGGAAACACUCCGAUCUGAGUCAGAGUGAGGAUGAAAUUGAGAUUGAUAUUGAUGCUUUUGAUAAUGACACGUUAUUGGAUUUACGAAAGCUUGUAUCCAAUUGCCUCAAUAGUAGAAAUCAACAUUUUGCUGCAAAGAACCUACCAAAAGUGGAGCCUGCUGAAGUUGAGCUUGCUAAUGGAGUAAGGCAGGACACUAGUUCUCCAGUGUACAACCGAAAAGGUGGGGAUCCGGGAGAGGAAGAUGUUGACAUUGGAGAGAAUGAUCUCCCUGCUUCAAAUUAUCCUCCUGUGGUGAUUGAAAAGGAUACAGCAGGCCGGAAUAGUAAAUGUAGUAGUUCAUCGAGCUCUAGUAGUGACUCAGGGUCUUCUUCUAGUGAUUCGGACUCUGCAAGCUCUUCAGGCAGUGAUUCUGAACCACCCAAAGCACCAUCCCCAAAUGCAGUUCUUAAGGAGCCAAUGGGAAAAGGUGCUGAAUGCAAUCAAAGAGCUAGCCCUAGCGUGGAAACCCAUGGAGCCGUGAGUGAGUUGGAUGAGGAGAAUGUUAAUUCAAAGCCAACUUCUGCCAUUGAAACAGAAUGUCAUCAAGAAGGGGAGAGUGCUCCAUCUGAGAGGCAGGUCUCCCCAGACAAGCUAUAUCGUGCUGCAUUGUUAAGGAGUCGUUUUGCUGACACAAUCUUGAAAGCUCAAGAGAAAACCCUUAACCAGGGUGACAGGGGAGAUCCAGAGAAACUGAGGCGUGAGAGGGAGGAACUAGAAAGAAGACAACGGGAAGAGAAAGCAAGGCUUCAGGCAGAAGCAAAAGCUGCUGAACUGGCUAGAUUGCAAGCUGAGGCAGAGGCUGCAGCUGAAGCAAAACGGAAGCUGGAAAUUGAACGUGAGGCUGCACGUUUGGCCUUACAACAGAUGGAGAAAACUGUAGAAAUUGAUGAGAACUCACAAAUUCUGAAGGAUCUGGAGAUGCUCAGAAGUUCACAACAGCUUGAUCAUGUUGCCAGUUCUGGGGAUGAGACUAGCCCUGGUCAUUCUCAAGAUGGGCUGUCAUCCUUUCCACUGCAUGGAGGGAAUCCCUUGGAGAAAUUGGGUUUGUUUAUGAAAAUGGAUGAUGAAGAAGAGGAAGAGGCAGCCCAUUCUGCACCUGCAAUUGGUGAUGUGGAGGAAGGAGAGAUAGAUUAAGCAAUACUUCAGUGAGCUGUAUAUUAUUUUAUUGCUUUAUUCUUUUGUGAGAGGUAAUGGGAUUUGGACCUCCUAAGCCCCUUCUAAGUCCCUAAAGCAAUCACUGUGGAAUUUUGGAGCCAGGGGGACCUGACUGUUGAUAUGGGAAAAGUGUUAUGUGGAUUGAUUGCGUGUAACGCAUCAAGAGUUUAUUCAGUUGCUCUUAUGUUUUAAUGGGGAUGGAAAAAUAGAUAGACAUUCCACACUUGGCCAUAUCGUUCAGGCCUUUGGAAGAAGUCCAUUAUACCAAAGUCACUCUGAUAGUAUCAAAAUUUUGGUUAGAUCAACUAGUGAAAAGAAUGAAAGAAAAAUUUGUUGGUACCAGGUGUAUUUGUGUCACUUGAUAUGCAUGCCAAUUUUUCAUCCACACCAAUUUAAGCUACUGUUGUACGGCAUCUUGUUAUAUUUGAGUUUUUUGGAAUCUAAAUUUUAGAAGAUAUGCAGAAAAUCAAAAUGUAUGGAUAUCUUUCUUUGGACUAGUAGACAAAAGAUCAGUCUGAGGUGCGAUCUCUCAAUGUUUUAUGGGAGAAAUUAAAUCUUGAUGAUA